GCCCUUGAACGCUGUGAGCAACUAAGCCAUGCAAGCGGCAUCCCGGACCGUUGUGGCCUUGCUUCUCAGCACGAUCAUGUCUGUCACGGACGAAACCCUUCCUCAGCAGCCCGAUGUCCAAGAGGGCAUAGAAUAUUGGAAUAAUCAGCCAGCCAACUACGAUGGCGUUCUUGGUGGUUUUGGCACUGGAUCGUUGCCUCGAGUUGAUGCACUUGGAUCUAGACGAUUCCUGCAAUACAUGAUGCCCGAGCUAUGCACCGUGCCAUCUGCGGUACGACCUCUAGAACCUAGAGCGAUCGACCGAAGAAUUCGCGCAGUUGACGUUGGCGCAGGCGUUGGUCGCGUAACUUCAGAUGUCCUUCUGCACCUGGUUCACGACGUUGUUCUUGUUGAACCUGUAGAGAGCUUCAUUGGCGAAGCCUUCCGACGAGGUUCAGCAUCAGCGAGCGAAAACCCUUUACCAGAUGGUCAGCCCACACGAUGGAAAGGUAUCAAAGAAAAGACAAAAAGUGUUACGUUCAUUCGCGGAACUCUACAAACCUUCGACCCCUCAAAUCCUGGUAAAGGUACACAUAUCGUGGGCAGAGUAGGUUAUGUUUCCCCAGAAGACGAUCUCGAUUCCAAGUUCGAUGUCAUCUGGUGUCAAUGGUGUCUUGGACAUCUCAACGAUCAAGACCUUGGUGCUUUCUUCCGCCGUUGUCGAAAGGCACUCCGCGAUCCUGAGAAUAGUAUCAUCAUGGUCAAGGAAAAUUUGUGUACCGAUAUGGAGGAUGGCGGUCCCAAAACCAUCUUUGACGAAAGUGAUUCCAGCUUGACGAGAUCUGAUAUGGCAUGGAAGAAAGCUUUCACGGAUGCAGGUCUCGAGUUACUUGACGAACGAUUACAGAGAGGAUUCCCGGAAGGAUUGUAUGACGUAAAGAUGUAUGCAUUGAGAUGAUUGUAACUGUUCGAGUACUACAAUUAGUACAGUACCAUCGUCUAUUAACGGAAUCCACAACAAAAGAGAAAGCGAGAGCUAGAAAUACAGGCGUAAAGGCCGAGGGAAGGAUAUCAUACAACGUCACCAACAAAACCACCAUAGUAAAAAGAAUAUAAGAAGGAACAUGGUCAUGAAUUGAACUUGGUCGCUGAGGUGGAUACUGAUCGAUGAAGAGCAGCCUCGGAGAGGCUGUUUCGUCUCUUCGCCUCUUUCGUCUCCGCGCGUUCUUUGAUGCAAGGGAACCUCGCACGAAUCAAUCCGUCCAGUUGUG